AUGCAGCUGUCACUAGCUACAAGUGGAGUGAAGGCCCAUGCUCCUGUUACCAGUGCCCCUCUUUCCCCACAACCAGGGGAUUUCUACAAAAAUUCUGUGUCCAAUGAACUGUACAAAAACCAUUCUCAAAAUGGAGGACAAAAAGUAAUUGAGUAUAGGGGUCCUCCACCUGACUAUCCAUUCAAGAACAUCUCCACUCUCCCUUCACAUGGGAAAGCCAAGGAAAUGGGUUACCAUUGUGGGGACCCCAGAGCCAAUCCACAGAACCGCUCAGAUGGACCAAUGGUUCGUUACCAGCCUCCACCAGAGUAUGGAUCAUCCAGUCCCCUCCCCCCUCUCUCUCUCCCCCUCUCUCCCCUCUCCCCUCCCCCUCUAUCUCCCCUCCCCCUCCUCUCUCCCCUCUCCCCUCUCUCCCCCCUCUCCCCCUCUCUCCCCCUCUCUCCCCUCUCUCCCCUUCCCACCUCAUCUCUCACAUCCCUGGGAUCUAUGAGCCUGCUACAGUCCCCUCCACCUUCAGGCAUGUCUCCGUCUCAACUUCCAUCUCCAAGCCAUGUGGAAUUCUUUUCAGGUCCUCCACGGCCCCAGCAGAUGCCUGCGCAGUUCCAUCAUACAGAUUUUUAUCGCACGUCUCAGCCGUACAUUGGACAGCAGCAGCAAACACAAAUGGACCCUGGACUGACAAGGCCUCCUCCGUUACACUCCCCAUACACCCAGAUGCAGGGUGACCCAUUUGCUAUUGUGUCCCGAGCUCAGCAGAUGGUUGCUGUACUCUCUGAAGAGAACCGGUCCUUGCGCCAGGAGUUGGAAGGGUGCUAUGAUAAAGUGGCAAGGUUUCAAAAAAUGGAGAUGGAAAUCCAGAGAGUUUCUGAAGCGUAUGAAAAUCUUGUAAAAUCCUCAUCCAAGAGAGAGGCUCUAGAGAAAGCCAUGAGAACAAAGCUGGAAGGAGAGAUCCGCAGAAUUCAUGACUUUAACAGAGACCUUCGAGAGCGCAUGGAAACCGCAAAUAAACAACUUGCAGCAAAGGAAUUGGAGGGGUCAGAGGACAACCGAAAGACCAUAUCACAACUUCUAGCUCAAAACAAGGAACUCCAGAGAGAGAAGGAAAAGCUGGAAAUGGAAAUGUCGUCUUUCCGUUCUAUGAAUGAGGAUCAAAGAAGACAUAUUGAGAUUAGAGACCAGGCUCUAAACAAUGCACAGGCCAAGGUGGUGAAACUAGAGGAAGAAUUGAAGAAGAAGCAAGUUUAUGUAGAUAAAGUAGAGAAGAUGCAGCAGGCUUUGGCCCAGCUCCAGGCGGCUUGUGAGAAAAGAGAACAACUGGAACACAGACUACGCACCAGGCUUGAAAGGGAACUGGAAUCUCUACGGAUGCAGCAGCGCCAGGGGAACUCUCAGUCUACCAAUAUUUCAGAGUACAAUGCUGCAGCACUCAUGGAGCUACUCCGAGAGAAAGAGGAGCGGGUCCUGGCCCUGGAGGCAGACAUGACCAAAUGGGAACAAAAGUACUUGGAAGAGAGUGUCAUGAGGCAGUUUGCUUUGGAUGCUGCUGCCACUGUGGCAGCUCAAAGGGACACCUCCUCUAUAAGCCAUUCUCCAAGUGCAAGCUUUGACACCACACUUGAGGCCAGAAUCCAGAAGGAAGAAGAAGAGAUACUUCUGGCCAAUAGACGAUGUGUAGACAUGGAAGGGAGGAUAAAAACUCUUCAUGCUCAGAUCAUUGAAAAGGAUGCCAUGAUUAAAGUGCUUCAGCAACGUUCUCGAAAAGAUGCCAGCAAGUUGGAUCAGCCAUCUUCCAUGCGUCCUUCCAAGUCACUUAUGUCUAUUUCUAAUGCCAGUUCGGGUCUUCUCUCCCACUCAUCUGCUCUUAGUAGUACACCAAUUCUUGAAGAGAAGAGGGAAGACAAGAGCUGGAAAGGCAGCUUAGGGGUCCUCCUAGCAACAGAAUAUCGUUCAGAGUCUAUCUCAUCCACUCCAUCACCUGUACUUCCAUCAACACCCCAACUCUCUGGACACUCAAAGACUGGUAGCCGAGACUGCUGCACACAAACAGAUCGAAGCAGCGAACAGAACAAAACUCCUUCUGUGAGUGCAUCUCCAGGCCCGGGGAGGCUGGCCACUCCGAGCCCCAUGUAUAGCUCUGAGAAAAAUGGUAAGUAUUAA